CAUUUUAGCAUGACAGGUCACUCCGCUGUGUGUCUGAAGCCGUUGCUGGGCUCUUACCGCCGGGUUUUAGCUUUAAUAUUAUAACCUCACCAUAGUUCAUCUAUGCGUUAAAGGGAGCAACCCUACAAUGGAUUAAAGCGACAUCAUGGUCUGACUUUAGCGUCAAAGUGAAUGGAAGAUACCGUCUGUUGGAAGUUUUAAUCCAAGUAGGGGCCAGAGACGAGGCGGCCGUCAUGUGCAACUGAAGACGUCUUGAUGAUCACAUGGGCUACUGACCUGUGCUGACCUGAUGGUUUAAUCAGCAGGACUAAAAAUGAGCAUCAGCAGUGAUGAGGUCAACUUCCUGGUUUACAGAUACCUACAAGAGUCAGGGUUCUCCCACUCAGCAUUCACCUUUGGCAUAGAGAGCCACAUCAGCCAGUCGAACAUCAAUGGAGCCCUGGUGCCCCCUGCUGCCCUCAUCUCCAUCAUCCAGAAGGGCCUGCAGUAUGUGGAGGCCGAAGUCAGCAUCAACGAGGACGGGACCCUGUUUGACGGACGGCCCAUCGAGUCACUGUCUCUGAUCGACGCCGUCAUGCCGGAUGUGGUCCAGACCCGGCAGCAGGCCUACCGAGACAAACUGGCUCAGCAGGCGGCGGCAGGCAGCGGCAGCAGCAGUGGCAGCGGCAGCAGCACAGGGCCACAGGGAGGCUCCAAGAAUGGCGACGGGGGCCCUGCUAACGGAGAGGAAAACGGAUCACAUGCCUUAGCCAAUAACCACUCAGAAAUGAUGGAGGUGGACCGGGAUGUGGAGAUCCCCCAGAGCAAAGCCAUGGUCCUGCGAGGCCACGAGUCGGAGGUUUUUAUCUGUGCCUGGAACCCGGUGAACGACCUCCUCGCCUCUGGGUCAGGAGACUCGACGGCGCGGAUCUGGAACCUGAGUGAGAACAGCACGGGGGGGUCCACCCAGCUGGUUCUGAGGCACUGCAUACGGGAGGGUGGCCAGGACGUCCCCAGCAACAAGGACGUCACCUCGCUGGACUGGAAUAGUGAGGGCACGUUACUGGCCACCGGCUCAUACGACGGCUUCGCCCGGAUAUGGACGAAAGAUGGAAACCUGGCCAGUACUUUGGGUCAGCACAAAGGGCCCAUAUUUGCACUCAAGUGGAACAAAAAAGGCAACUUCAUCCUCAGCGCCGGAGUAGAUAAGACAACAAUUAUCUGGGACGCGCACACAGGGGAAGCAAAGCAGCAGUUUCCUUUCCACUCAGCACCGGCUCUGGAUGUGGACUGGCAGAACAACAACACGUUCGCCUCCUGCAGCACAGACAUGUGCAUCCAUGUGUGCAAGCUGGGUCAGGACAGACCCGUCAAGACUUUCCAGGGACACUCGAACGAAGUGAACGCCAUAAAGUGGGAUCCCACGGGCAGCUUGCUGGCCUCCUGCUCAGACGACAUGACGCUCAAGAUCUGGAGCAUGAAGCAGGAUUCGUGUGUCCAUGACCUUCAGGCCCAUAGUAAAGAAAUCUACACCAUCAAAUGGAGCCCCACGGGCCCUUCGACCAACAAUCCCAGUGCAAACCUCAUGCUGGCCAGCGCCUCGUUCGACUCGACUGUGCGCCUGUGGGACGUGGAGCGUGGGGUGUGCAUCCACACACUAAUCCGCCACCAGGAGCCCGUCUACAGCGUAGCCUUCAGUCCUGACGGCAAGCACCUGGCCAGCGGCUCCUUCGACAAGUGUGUCCACAUCUGGAAUACUCAGACGGGUGCUUUAGUUCACAGCUACCGGGGGACCGGUGGGAUCUUUGAGGUGUGCUGGAACGCCACAGGGGACAGAGUAGGAGCGAGCGCGUCAGACGGAUCAGUUUGCGUGCUAGAGCUGAGGAAAUGACACUUGUGUGUGUGGUGUAGCUGUGGACCGACUACGAAUGUGUACAUAGCCAAAACGACUGUCCCUGCCUGUCCGCCACACUGCUGUCUGUCCCAUCAGGUUCCGCUUCUUCGUGGAUGUCCCACAGCUCGUCUGGCCUGCGCCGUGCAGACGUCGGAAGAGCCUCCCCAACGUCACUGGGACCCCCAAUCGGUCAAAUAAAACUCCGGCAUCCUUUCUGUCUUCUCAUGUCCAUAUCCGCUAAAUCAGAAGUGUCCAGAUUUUUGAUCUCUGUCGCUGCGUGCGCAUCAUACCCGUCAGAAUCUGGCGGCCCACACAGAGCUAAAUUUGGACCUCGCCGGGUUCGUCUUGUGACGUGUGAGAACGAGGCAAGGGGGAAGUUUUGAGAAGCUCGUCUCUUUCCAUUCACAGAUCUGUUCGUUUCCUGUUGGUGACAUAUGCCAACUCAUUCUUCUAACCGAAGAGACGUUUUUAAGUUGUCGCCGGUUUUAAGAGUGAGCGGAGCCUUGCAAAAGUAUUCACAUCUCCUCAGUUUUUAAGUCGGAACCAUAAGCUUUCCUUCUAUUUUGUUGGGACUUUGUGUGAUAGUCCUACACAAAUAAGCAAAUAGUGAAAAAUUUGGAAAACAACUGGACUAGUUAUCAUUGCAAACUAGUGUUAGCUUAGCCAAGUUGAAUAAAUAAUACCAAUAAUUAAGUUUUUUCUCAGAUUCCAAAAUGGAUUUAGGUCUGGGCUUUGACUGGACCACUCUGGUAGUUGAACCUCCACCCGAGUCCCAAGUCUUUUUCACCAAGGUGUUUAACUCCAUCUGUCCUCUGACCACCUUUCUGUUUCUACAGAAAAAAAAAAUAAAUAAAUGCAUCACCACACCAUGAUGCUGCCACUACCAUUUUUAACUUUGGGGAUAGGAAAGUGAGCCUGAUCUAAAAUCAGUUGGUUGUUAUCCUGCCAAUACUGAUCUGGUUAUCUUAAAGGCAGUUUUUAUCAGAGUUAAUGAGGCUGAAUACAAAUACACACUGUAAAAUUUUCUACCCAUUUUUCUUCCACUGCGCGAUUAAGCUACAAUUUAUGUUGGCCCAUCACAUAAAACCCAAUCACAUACAUGGUUUUACCAUAACAGAAUGUUGAAAAGCUUCAAGAGUUAUGACUGCUUUUGCAAGUGACAGUAUUUGACAGCCAUCCUAGCUGUUUUCAUUUAAGGGGUGGGGGGGCGAUUGUUGUUUUCUGGCCAAUCACCGAUAUUUAAAAAGCUUGACCUGCCCAUUCCGAUUUUGGUAGAUGUCAAUCAAUACAUUUUUUUUUUUUUGGUAAAAAAUAACAAAAAAAAUGGCAAAUAUACCAACAAAAGCCCCAAAGUUAGAGGUAGAUGAAAUCGGUUUCUCCGGGCGACGCAAACUUGAAGGACGUCGGGCCAAUUUGUCGGUUUCUAGGAAAUCAUUUUUCAGGUGCUUGCAAACUGACUAUUCAAAACGUCUAAAAGUUCAUCUGGGCCACACAUCUUCUUCAGGUGUGAGGCAAAGCGAUAAACCAGCUUAGCCACAUGAAUUUGGCUGACACAACCAUCCGGUAGCUGUGCUUUGUUUCUCUCCUGAUGAAAACCAGACGGUGUUGGAACAGUCCUUCUUUCCCUCGCUUUCUUCUAAAAGGGCGUCCUCUCUUCUGCUAAAAACGGCCGUACCCGGUUGUCCCGACCGAUGCGCCACACCGCAGUGGACAGUUGUUGCCCCUCAUUAUCGCCAACACACAGGUGACAGACAGACGGCGAUUAGUUUGCAGUGUUUAGGUUUUGCUUUUGAAGACAAGUCGGCUGUUGAUGAAGCGAACAUCCAGACGCAGGCAGCUUCGUUGAAUCUUACGAGACACCAUUGCACCGCCACAGCUGCAACCAAAGCAGUCGGCACUCGAAGUUGUUUUGCACUUUAGCCUAAAAUGAGGGAAGAUUCAAUCCAUCAGAAACUUGUCUUUAGAAGCAGGUUUACCGGUCGUCUUCAACUCACAAUCAGUCAAAAAGGACCCGUCAGCCGACCCGUUACAUAUCCGCCACAAAAAAUUGCUCGUACCUUUAUUUGCUUCGAUAAAGCCAGAUCCAGUGUCUGAGCUGGAUCCCUGUGACAAUGAAAUGGUAUUUUACCCCCCCCCCCCGUUUGGUUUUGGGUGGGCAGGAACAGUGCUAACACCGAUCCCAUGUUUGCUAUGUCGGAAAGCCCUCGAAGGUUUUGUACUUUUGUAAUUUUGAUUCGUUUGUAGCCACGUACUCAAAACAAUAAAAAGAAAAACAAAACAAAAAACAGAUGUAAUUGUUGGUGUAAUAUAACACAGAACAUGUAAAUACCAAUUUUCUGAAAAUUGUUUUUUUUUUUCUUUUGGGGGGGUUGGGGUCUUUCCACAGUCCUACGUUGUACUUUGUCACGGUUGCAGCCUGCAGCCUCCUGAUCAGACUGUUGGUAUAUCACUCAGAUCUUAAGGUCUAGAAUAAAAUUUAUUUUGAUAAUA